AUGGAAAGGAUUAUUAGAAAUUUAGCGAGAACUUCAUUUAAAUCUAAUGUUUACUUAAAUUAUCUAGCAAUACGAACACGAACCAUAAACCCUAAUAACGUUCGCUCAAUAACAACGAUUAUUGAAGAUAAGAAUUAUAAAGGACUUUACUAUCAUCCAACACGUGAUAAAACCGAUUACUUGUUAUCAUUCCUCGCUGAUAAUGACAAAAUCGAUAAAUUUUUUGACGUAACAGUAAUAGGAAGUAUUCCUUUUAAGUCAGAAGUUGCAGAUAACAAUACACCCAAAAUUACCCCACAACAUUUUAUUGAAAAUAAAAAGUUUACACGAAUUCUUCAUCAAGUUAUCGCCGAGAAUGUUUACUCUGAUGUACAGUUACAAGGUUUAGCGAAAUAUCAUCAGAAUGGAUGGCUUCAUGUAGCAGAUGCAAGAGAUCCAGCACCUUGGGGACGAAUACCAUAUCCUGAAGACAUUUUUGGUAUGAUUCAAGUAAUAGAUGGGCAAAUCGUUCGCGGAACAUAUCAGCCCAUGCCAACCCAUCGUAUGGUCACUGCAAAAGGGCUCUUCAUGUUAAAUGAUCCCUUACAAGAAAAAUUAUUAGAAAAGGUGAACAAGUUAUGUAAAUAA